CCCCCCCCCCCCCCCCCCCCCAAAUCUAUAUCACCAAUCGGAUCUUUUCUUCCCUGGAAAGCCUCUCUUGUCAUCCACAUCCUCAACUUCCCUAAGUCUCUAUACCGCCCUGCCUAAUCAGUGAUAAGCGGAUUCAGUUGGGUCGACAGCCAUCCACGAGGAUUGACGUAUUCUGAUUCCGGCGUGGUAUGUCCUGACCGCCUUCCGACAACUGUUCGACCAACACAUGAAUGACAAGACUCGCUAACUACUAUCAUUGUAGUGUAAGGAUCGCUCUUCACACGUGCAAUUCAUCUCGCUCUUUCUCCCCACCUCUUCACAGUAUCUCCCGUCAUGUUGCAAGACCCGGAGUCUCAGCUAUCGCAAGGGUCCCUUGCUCCCCCAGUCGAAUUCUCUCGACCUGUCACCCCUGUUCAACGCGUCAACCUUUCCGCUUCGCCUGAGUUGAGCGUAAGGGUUGGCAGCCACUCUCCCCGAUCCAACAACAGCAAAUUAAGAUCCCCGCCAUCGCUGCCUUCAUCAGACAUGACCCCUCCACCCUCCACACAGAUCCCGGGAGCCCCUCUCCGAAAUUCAAGGUCCCGAUCGAGCUCGUACCUGGCACCUUCACCGGAUAUCGAAGAGACCCUCUGUACCGCCUACGGUGCCUCAGAAAACCUGCCAACAGCGGACGAAAUCGAGGCUGCUGACGAGGUCAAACUUCGUGGUAUUGCUAAGGAGCUUCUUGGAGUAGCCCAGGAGGCUCGCAUGUCCGCACUUCACUUCAAGCUGCAACAUAGUCUGCUAUCGUUUACGAGUAACGAAGCUAUCAAACGUGCCGAGGUGGAGCAUAAGCUCGCUAGAAGGGAGGUAGAGAUUCUUCAGAGUACCGAAUAUCGCAACCGCCACUUCCCUACCGAGACAAAGCCUCUACCUCCAAUCUCCAAUGUGGAGCUGGAGCUUUCCCUCAAACGUAACCAAGAGCUCGAGCGAGUCAAUGCUACUCUUGACCGAAGGCUGCGUCGUGCGAAGAAACUAAUCGAGCAGGAGAAGGAAAAUUCAGACCUACUUAGAGAGGAGAAUAAGUUCUUGAAAAAACGUAUUAGAGAAAAUAGGGAGCAUUUCUCUCAAAUGAUUGAGCGCGGCCCGAUGUCACCAAGCCCUCAAGCGGAUAUUCAGACUCCUCAUAGAAGAUCUUUGCCUCACUUCAUGGACAAUGGCAACCAUCACCUGAGUAGGAGUGAAAACAGCAAUUCAAUCGCUGCCCUCCUUGCGGCAGGUCGUGUUCUCAACAGAGAAUCAAGUGUCGCCUCCACUCCCAACCGACAGCGUGAUACUAAACAGUAUUCCAACGGACAUUCCCGGGGGAGCCAUUCGAUGUCGUCGCUUCCCAUGACGCCGUCUCAAACAAGGAGUGCCCAUCAGGAGAGCCGGUAUUUUACUCCGAGAAGAGACUCCACGGAUGGGCACCAUGAUAGAGAUAGCACGAUAUCUGCCUCUGACAUUGAAGAAGCUGAGACGGAAGAAGACAUUCCUGCCUCUCAGGCUGGAUCUCUUGCAACCAGCAUGCUUCGUCGUAACCCAACCGGUAUCCAGCGGGAUAUUCGGGAUGCAGCUGCGUCGGCUCCAAAAUCGAGCACUUUGCUCCAAUCGAAAUUGUUCGGUCAAGUGAGGAAAGCUGGAGUUGAGCGGCCGGCAAACAACCUCAAACGCAAAGCAAGUUUUGACGGUGCGAGCUCGAAGAAAUCUAAAGCGGAGGAGCAAGUGGGUCUCGGAAUUUACUGACGCCUGGAACAACAUACAACCCGUGCAUAAGCCACUAUCCUCGCCGUUAUGAUUGUUCUCUUGCAUGUAACCGGACCCUCGACUCCUAUGGGCCGGUUUGCAUUACGCUUCGCUUGUCUUGAACGACCCCCCGUUAUUUCUCGUUGUCUCUUAUUUCCUUGUUGUUUCUUGAUUUGAGCCAAAUCUGUAUUUUCGUUGCGGGCAACAAUGACGAAUGAUGACCUGUAAAGACCAUAGGCGAAUUGGUGUUGUCUCUUUUUAUGUUUCAUUCUGGGGUUCGUUUGCUAUUUAUCAUCUCGGAAAGCUGCUACAAUGUCUUGUUUUACUCCCAAAGAUAUAAAGAUAGGAUCACCAAUCUGACAGAGAUAUCCUGAACUGGAGAAGCUCGGUUGAUACGUAUAACAUUCAAGGUAUCUUCUACCGACUAUAAGUAC